AUGCCGAAAGGUAUGCCAAUUUCGGCAUAUGACUUGAGACUUGAAAAGAACGAUAUUGCAAAGGUUCCACAUGGUUACUUUGACAACCUAACAGAAUUAACAUACUUGAAAAUAAACAACAACAAAAUAGCUGUGCUACCAGAGGGACUAUUUGACAACGCAAUAAACCUAGUAGAAGUAAACUUCAACUACAACCUCCUUACAGAAAUACCAGAUGGACUGUUUAGUAAUAUGCCAAAACUAAAUUGGUUAUAUGUUGAAGGAAAUCCAUUAGACUGUAGUUGCCCAGUAGAGAAGUUCCGAACAUGGCUAUUAUCUUUAGAUCAAUCCAUCACUGUUGAUGCUGAGUGUGAUAAUGGAGAUAAAGUAGUCGAUAUACCAGGGGCUUCGUUCGAUGUCUGUAUUGUGACUACGACUUCUACAACAACUACUACGACAACAACGACAACGACGACACUCCCUCCUCCAACGACGACGACAACAACAACCACUACAACAACAACACCGAUACCAACAACAGAAGGUAAGAUAAUAGUAUGUAGUGGUACAUCAACAACAACAACAACAGAAAGAGAGAUAAUAGUAGGUAGUGGUACAUCAACAGCAACAACAACAGAAGGUAAGAUAAUAGUAGGUAGUGGUACAUCAACAACAACAACAACAGAAGGUAAGAUAAUAGUAGGUAGUGGUACAACAACAACAACAACAAUAAAACCCACAACAGAAGUUAUGAAAAUAAGAUGUACUGUUACAAAAACACCAAUACCAACAACAGGUGGUUAG